UUCCACGUCAAACAUCAGAUGUAUGAAAAACUCAUAACUUUUCAACCAAAUAACUGGUCGCAAGCGAGUAUAGAUUGCUCUGCCCACUAGCAAGCCCCAAGGAUGUCCUCACGCUACGACCGAGCUGUUACCAUAUUCUCGCCGGAUGGCCACUUGUUACAGGUGGAGUACGCCCAGGAAGCUGUUCGAAAGGGCUCCACGGCGGUUGGGGUGCGUGGCGCCAAUUGCGUGGUGCUGGGCGUGGAGAAGAGCUCGGUGUCCAAGAUGCAGGAGGACCGAACGGUGCGCAAGAUCUCCAUGCUCGACAACCACGUGGCGUUGGCAUUUGCUGGUCUUACAGCCGAUGCACGGAUCCUAAUAAACCGAGGGCAGGUCGAGUGCCAGAGCCAUCGCCUCAACUUCGAAAACGCGGUGACUCUCGAGUACAUCACCAGAUACAUUGCCCAGCUCAAGCAGAAGUACACGCAGAGCAAUGGACGUCGUCCUUUCGGGAUAUCCUGUCUAAUCGGAGGCAUUGACGCCAAUGGCUCUGCACGUCUAUUCCACACCGAACCAUCCGGUGUAUUCUACGAGUACAAGGCGAGCGCAACUGGACGUUCGGCAAAUACUGUGAGGGAAUUCUUUGAAAAGGCCUAUCGUGAUGAUGAAGUGACCACCAAGUGCGGAGCCAUUAAGCUGGCCAUGCGUGCCCUUCUCGAAGUCACCCAGUUAGGCCAGAGCCGCCUGGAGGUAGCCGUUUUGGAGAAGGGCAAGUCAAUGAAAAUGCUGGACGGCAGUGUAAUUGCCGAAAUAGUUAAGAUCCUUCAAAGGGAAAAGGAGCAGGAACUCCAAAGGAAGACACACAAAAUGAACAAAUGAAAUAGUGCUUUCUAAACCCACAGAUCGUUUACCUUACUUUUUUAUAUUCUUUGCUUUUUGUUUCAAACUAUU